UACCAACAAAGGCUUCGUAGGCGGGCAGCCACGGGGUAUGUAGCCAGCAUUGUUGUACAAUUCUUAACAAAUCUAAUUCCUCCAUGGUCUGACAUCCUACAAGAUAGGGAAUCAAACUUCAUGAACAAUAUGAACAAAGGCACACCACACCAAAUGAAACAACAAGAAUACCAUCUACGAGAAAAUACAAAAUGACCAAGAAAUUUACACAGACGAUUUAAUAAUAAAACCAAAAUCAACAACAGUAGCUAUAUACAUUUUUAAAAAUUACAACAACUUGGAGUUUACAAAACAACAUAUGAAUAAUAGACGCAGAACUAUUUGCAAUAAGACAAAAGCUUAAACUACAUAAACAACCUACAGAAAAUGGUAAUCUUAGCAGAUUCACAAACAUCUAUAAAAAAAAACCCGGAAAAUUAACCAAAAAAAAAAACAAACUACAAACAGUAACAUGCAAAUAAAUAACACACAAAAUACAAUCCCUACAACACUUACAAAAUACUCAAAAAUGACAUAUAAAACUACAAAGGAUCCUUUCACAUAAGAACAUUAAAGGAGGUGAAAUAAUAGAUAAAGCAGCAAAAAAAAGCUCAUGAAAUAAAAGCUCCCACUACCAUGAUCCAAAAUUUGACAAACAAAAAGAAAUCUGGACAACCAAUUUAAAUGAAAUGCUAAACACAAAUAAUUAUUAUAUUGACCCCUUCCCGACGGGUCACACACUGAGACGACAUAACAAACCGCUCGAUCUGUGGAGUGUGGCUGUACGCCGUGGCGAUGCACCAAAGUGCUACAAGCCAGUGAUUUGUCUUGCUCAAAGGUGGCGCGUUGCCAUUGAUCUCCAAGGUUUUUUUUUUCUCACCCGUCAUUAAGGGGUUAAUGAUAACAUGUUACAACUAUGGGCAAGAUCACAGAACAGAAAAAUAAAUGUGAUCAUUGCAAGACUAAUUGUCACAAUUUUGCUGUUUCUGUGGAUCAUGCCUUCAUCACAAAAUGCCAGUCUCCCUUAGGAGCCCAAAGAAAACAAGAUCCUCCCCUCGACGAGGGGUAAAUGUCCAGUGAGAGUUUGCCCCUCACGAGGACCCAGACUGCAGCCUCCAUGCUGGGAAAGACCAGUGAGAUGUACUGGGGAAGCUGAAGUUACAAGGAUUAGUACACAUAAGCCUAUUUAUAGGCUGCUGCAAAACAAAUCAAGCAUUCUUAAUACCAAUAGUAAACUUGUCAGUCAGCCAUGGAGGCCAAAACAUCGCAAGGGAAAGAAGAGCAGUGGCUGCCAGCAGUACGUCAUUACCAUCCUGGGAUCUGCCAUGCUUGUUUCGAAAUGCCCUCACAGAAGUGCUCCCUUAAACGGUGUGCCCAGUGCCAGCUUGUGUCCUACUGCUCCAAACAGUGCCAGAAAAAAGACUGGUCAUCUCACAAGCACCUUUGUCAAGCAAACAAAGUGGAUAACAGCAAGAAUAUCUUUUCACAAGCAAAGGUAAAAGUUCACGAUAAAAGAUCCUGGCAAGAAUUCCGGAGCUGCUUGCAGGUUGCUGCAAAUAUCAACCUGCAACGACGUUUGGAGGUCUUUGAAGAUGAAAUAUUUUUAUAUCCAAGAGUGUGCGAGGUAUGCCGAGAGUCAGAUAAUUCAUGCAUGAUAGAUUGUAGUCGUUGUCAUUCUGUAUUUUACUGUUCAGAUGUUCACCUUUCAGAAGAUGUUAAUCGUCAUGAAAAAUGGUGUAAUAAUUACCUUCUUUGUAUUAAGUGUGAUGUUGUAGAGUACAAGAAAGGAGUUCCAGAUCUCCCUUUUCCUACUCAGGUUGAUAGUGAAUAUAAGAAAUUGCCAAAGAAGAUGGUAGAUCUUCUUAGGCCACAGCUCAACACCAAAGAUGUUUCUGAGGAUGAAUUAGACCCAAAGCUUAUUGUAAUAUUGUCUGAGAGGCUUUCAUAUCCGUUAUCCCUCUUGUAUGGUAUGCAGUUACUCUCAAUUGGCCAAGACAGGAAGUCUGUGGAACAGCUAACAGAGUUGAAGGUUCAUGUAGUGGGAGCAAAAAGUACAAAAGAAUUGCUGGGCAUCAUCCGAUGGGAAUAUAUGCUUCAUCGAUUGCCGGCUCUAAUGAAACUCCAUAUUGUGUUCAUUGGACCUGAGUUAUUCUCUGAUUCAGGUUUGAGUGAGGAACUUCCAGAUAACCACUGCCUAGAUGACAGUGGAAUGUCCCGAUGUGAUGAUUGUCAGAGUAGAAACCGGGCCAUUAUUUACGAGAUGUGUGAGAUGCUGUACCACGACUAUGCCAAGACUUCCUACUUUCAGAACCCUGAUAUCAUUAUUUCCUUCAACUGUGGUUUUCAUGAAUUUGAAGGUGAAGAGAAAGACACAUGGCCAGCUUCUUUAUCCAUCAUGCUAAAAAAUCCAGAUAUACCUGUAAUUUUUACAUCAUACACAAAAACAGAAUCUGAAAGAGAUCUUGAAGUCUUGAAAAAGAUUGAGGAUGUAGAAGUCGUCAUGCCAGUCGAGAUGAAUCCUUACUGUAGCUUAAGGCCCAUACGAGAUUUUACUAGAGAAGAUGACUGUGACAUGUUUUUUGUGAAUCAAUAUAUAUCUUGUGUGAGAAGAAAAAAAUCAUAAGUCUUUGAUUCAGGAAAUAAUGAAUGAAUAUGAUUCAUGAUUACUUUAUUUACUAAAACAAGGAUUCACAAAGUGAUAAUAUAAAAGAAGCAUCUAUAAUGAAUUUUUUAGGAAACAUAUGGUACAAAUAUAUUUUAAUCAGUCAACAGAUGCAUUCUAAUUUUGGAAAAUAUAUCAAUAUCAUGUAUUCUGGAUAUCCAGACAUAGGCAUUCUUAUUUAUAUAUUUUUUUCUUUCUUUCUUUUUCUAACUAAAAUAAACGAACAUGGGUUUUUACUACAUUCAAUAGAACAAUUACAUUCUCAUAUUUAAUAUAAUUAUUGUAAUGGAGAAAGUUUAGAAUGAAAAAUGAAUGUGAUUAUAUACUGCUAAAUCAAAAAGAUCAUUAUGCUUUGGUGAUAUUAUUAGGAAACUACCUUAAACUGUGUAGGUUCCUUUGAAGUUACCAUACAUUAACCCAUUUGCCCCAUGUGGCAAGAAUACAUGCCAUGCCCACUGUAAUACACGUUUAUUUAUUGUAUUUACACAUGGAUGGCUUUACAAGUUCUCAAUGACCAAAUAGCCAGUGAUUAGAAACUACCUAUCUCACCUGUUUACCCUUUUCUUUUAAUUUAAGAAAGGGUUUUUCGUAUCAUUUCAUUGUCUAAAGUAUUUUAAUGACAAAUUAAUAAUCAUAACAUCAAUAACAAU